AUGAUAUCUGAACCUAUUCAAACCACCUUCCAACACAAAUCCGACGAUGCUUACGAAAAGUCCUCCAAGACCAAGGAAUCAGAGAUCUACACAUAUUCUGUGCCAGUCAGUCCGGUCAUGAACGAACACGAACACCACCACAAGGCCCCGAACCACAGCCGAACUCUACUAUACGUCCCCAACACAUUAUGGACGCGAUUAUUUGCAGCAACGGUGAUCACCGAGACCGUCCUCACAGUGGCAAUUGAAAGCUGGAUUCUCAUGAGCCUGUGGGACGACCUCGACAACGACAGCAAAGAAAACGGAACAAUGCGCCUUCAGUCAUUUCUCGGCCUGUACAUUUUCGCUCUUCUAUACGAACUGGCGCUGUCAUAUGACGCACUGCGCCGGCGGAACACAAUCCAACUGAUCGGACUCUGCAUCUGUAAUCAGGGCCUGUUCGCAUAUGGCAUUCUUCAGAUGAAGGAGCUAAGGGAUACUAUCUCCAACUUGACGGAUAAAAAUCUCAGCGACCGUCUGCAGGACAUGUAUCAGGUCGAGCUAAUUAUUGUCCCUGUGCUUUUGGGUACGGGGACUAUGUGCAUGAGUUUUUUUACGUGGAAGUUGCGUGCCGAGUUUUCAUGGUCUAUAUAUAAGAAUAUCAGCGCGGAUUUGCAGAUGAAGCGUCGAUAUUUUACAUAUCAGGUGUAUAUCGCUCUCCUGAAAUUCGAUUUCUUCUUCGUAUUCGGAAGUCAACUCCAAAUCCUCCUUGUUGUCUUUCAAACCGAAGACAUCGAUUUCAUCAUCAAUGCCUCGGUGAUCCCGAUCACGAUAUUGACCUUGGUCCUGUCAGCUCAAUUUUGCAAGCGCGAGAAGACGAAAUCUCUCAUACUCAUGAUGUUCUUUAUGCUUAUCAUAAUUGGAUUCCUUGUCCUCAUCCUCCUUCGAAUUUACAGUGGCGCCGAUAGCAUUGAUUUCAGCUCUUUCCGGGUGUCCCUGACAUUGUUCGCAGCUGCGUCAUUACUUUUGAUGCUUCUCACAUUCAUUAACUCCGUGAUGUGUAUCCUUAAUUUCAAUAAAGGAUUGAAGAAUCACGUCCAUCCACCUAAAAAGAGGAAAACGUCUGUCUCGUUGGAGCUCGAAUCCCAAGAGACACCUACACGGUUCCUGUUACACUAG